AUGUCUCUAUUCAAGGCGCGGGAUUGGUGGUCGGCAACUCUCGGCGAAGGCGAGGAGUUCGACCAAGGCUGCAUCUGCGUUGGAGAUGUGGACAACAGCGGCACAGGACAUGACAAGGUGGUGGUAGGCAGCUACAUGGGCAUGCUGCGGAUAUUCUCCCCGCACUCCUCCAAAGCCGCCGAAGGAGCACAAAGCUCGGCCGAAGCGCAGCUUCUGGAGGUGCACCUCCAGAACGCCAUCAUCCAGGUGGAGCUGGGGAAGUUUGUCUCGUGUUCGGAUCUUCUCCACCUGGCCGUCCUUCACCCCAGGAAGCUGUCCGUCUACUCCGUCCUGGGCACAACGGGGAACGUGGGCCACGGCGACCAGUACCAGAUCAAACUGGUCUACGAGCACAACCUGCAAAGGACCGCCUGCAACAUGACAUACGGAACCUUUGGAGGCGUAACAGGUCACCACUCGCUUUGCAUCCAAUCCAUGGACGGCAUGCUGAUGUUCUUCGAGCAGGACAGCUACUCCUUCGGAAGGUUCCUCCCGGGCUUCCUUCUUCCGGGCCCUCUGUGCUACAACCCGCGAACGGACAGCUUCCUCACAGUGUCCUCUGCCCGCCAGCUGGAGAGCUACAAGUACGAAACACUUGCCGUCGCCACGGAAGCGGAAAGCCGCCAAGACCCCGAGCAGCCCCUCAAGACGGGCAGCAAGAGGCUGACCCCUGACUGGACGUUGAUUCUAGGCGAGCAAGCCCUGGACAUCUCCGUGCCGUGCUUCUCCCACUCGGCCAUGUUCAUCUUCGUCCUGGGCGAGCGGAACCUUUAUUGCUUGCGAGACAAUGGGCUUAUUUACUUCAUGAAGAAGUUGGAGUUCAACCCCAGCUGCUUCUUGCCGUAUGCCUCAUUGAGCAAUGGCAGCACCAACCUGUUGCUAGGCAACCACACCAACAUGCUGCUGGUGUACCAGGACGUCACGCUCAAGUGGGCUGCCCAGCUCGCUUUCGUGCCCGUGGCGCUUCGGGUCGCCAACUUCCCGGAUCUGAAGGGCGCCGUGGUGAGCCUGAGUUGGGACGGCCACCUGCUGUGCUCCUACAUGGGCACCGACCCGUCCUUCUUCUCCACGCCCAAGGUGGACGCCCGCGAGGUGGACUACGAGCAGGCUGACGCCGAGAUGAAGCAGCUGUACAAGUUCAUCAGGGAGGCCAGCAGGACGCAAGACAUUCUACCAAAAGGUGAAAAUGAAGAGAACGUGACAGUGACAGCGUGCGUGUCUUCAAACAUGGACAUCCCCUCGCAAGCUUUGAUCCAAGACAUGGCUGGCUUUCCUGUUCCUUCGGUGAACGUAAAGGUGACGGUGAAAGCCAACAGCGUGCUGGCUUCUUCCAGACUAAUCGUCGGAGUUCAACCUCCGCUUGCCGUCACUCAGGACCAGUUUGUCCUCGAACCUUUAGGUGUGGGCUCGUCCACCUCCGUGGUCUUUUCAGCCUUCCUGAACGGUCGCUACCCACCUGCUGACCUCAGCGGCGACAUCACCCUGUCUUACAGCACGCCCACAGAGUUCAACCCCAAAGGAGUCCCUCAUGUCCACCAAAGCCAGUUCAAACUUCCUCUCGCCCUCGUCUGUACGUCAUCUUCUCCCAGCAAGAGCAGCGUCUUCAAAAUCACCGUCGACACCAACCAGCCGCCCGUAGACCUGGCCACCAUCUUUCCUGAGUUCGCGGCCCAGUCGGAAGAUAACGAAGGGAACGGUUUGGCUCUCCGCUUCUUGCCUGGUGGCGUGGUCACCGUGCUGGCUUCAAAGACCUCCCAGCGCUAUCGCAUCCAGAGCGACGCAUUCGAGGACAUGUGGCUGGUGACCAACGAGCUCGUCCACAGAGUCGACCAUCACUUCUCCGCGUUAGGAGUGGACGACUUCAAGAAGAGCUUCAGCGGACCACCGCCCCUCAAAGACUACUUCCUGUCCAUUGACCACCACUUCCAGCUUCGCGUCAGCGCUCAAAAGUACCAGGACCUCCUUUCUGAACGGGCCGCCCAGUUCCGAGCCAUCCAGCGGCGUCUGCUGACCCGCUUUAAAGACAAAACUCCGGCGCCGCUGCAGAACCUCGACACCCUGUUAGACGCCACCUAUACCCAGGUCAUGUCACUAGCAGAGGCGGCGGAGGAAAACGCGUGCCAGCUGGAGGAGGCUUUCGUGCGGCUGAGGAGCUCCACGCAGCUACUGGUUCUGCUGCUGUCGCUGUGGCAGGGCCUGACGCCCGAGCAGAGCAACAUCUUGGAGGCUAGCAUGCUGCCUCUGCUGCAGGACACGCCACAGUUGGGCUGGGAGGAGUGCUGCGACGCGGCGGUGUCCCACCUUCUGCGGACGUGCUUGUCUCGCAGUCCCAAGGAGCAGGCCACCACGCUGGCUCAGGCCGGCGGGGCCGUGCUAACUCUGCCCCAGGAUACGACGCGCCUCAAGAAGCACAUCACGCUGCUGUGCGAGCGACUGGCCAAAGGGGGACGCCUCACGCUGGCCUCAGAGGCCAACGUGCAGGUCCCUGCGCAGGUUCAAAACUUGGCUGCCCCUGGUAACGUAGAGCCCAUCGCCGAGCUAGCGGGAGACGAGACGGCGGAGCCUGAGGACGCCACCAAGUUCAUCAAGAAGAAAUCAUCUUCAAAGAAAGUCAAGAAAGAUAAAGACCCCAAAAAAGUCUCCAGCGAGCCAUCGGAGGGCGCCGUGACAGAAGAAGCGACGUCGACCGAGGUGAAGAAGAAAGAGUCGUCCAAGGACAGAGCCAGGAAGGAGGAGGCCAAGACCAAGGAAACUAAAAAGGAGUCGUCGUCCUCCUCCUCCUCCGCCAAGGAGAAGAAGGAGGCGGGCAAGGAGGCGGGAGACAAAAAAGUCACGAAGAAGACAUCGACGGGAAAGGUCAAAGAGAGGAAGAAGGAAGUUGAGACCGGAGCUGGGGAGGCCUGA